UUAGAUUUAAAUAAAAUGGUCAAAAUUGGUUUUCCUAUUAAUAGUGAUAAAAUAAAAUUUCAAUAUGUAAUGAUUCCAUAUGUUUGUCUUUAUUCAUUGAAGAAGGCUUCUUUUGAGAAACUUGGUUGGAAGUGAAUAAUUACUGUACAUUUUAGUUCAAGUAAAAAUGUAAUUUGGAGUUCUUCUUUACAAGUAUAUAUUCUGAAUUGAAUACUUGUUCAAUCAUCUUCUGAAAGUAUUGAAACUUGAGCAAUUAAUUUGUAAUGUCCAAGAUUGCAUGAUGACAUUUUUUGGUGUGACUGUCUAGGGUGUUAUGAUAACACAUGGAAACAUUGUAGCCACUGCUGCAGCAGUUAUAACAGUAAUUCCAGAACUAAAUAGAAAAGAUGUCUACUUGGCGUACUUGCCCCUGGCUCACGUUUUUGAAUUGGCAGCUGAGUCUGUCAUGGUGGCUAUGGGAUAUAGAAUUGGUUAUGGUUCCCCAUUGACUUUAACAGACAUAUCAAACAAAAUUAAGAAGGGAACCAAGGGAGAAGCUUCUGAGUUAAAGCCAACUCUCAUGGCAGCAGUUCCUGCUAUAUUGGAUCGUGUUCGAGAUGGAGUACUGAAAAAGGUUGAGGAUACUGGGGGUCUAGCGAAGACUCUUUUUACAUUUGCAUAUACACAUCGACUGGCAGCUGUAUAAGGAAGCUGGUUUGGGGCUUGGGGACUGGGGACU